GGAAGGGAGGAGCAAGGAGAGACUGAAGGGAGAGAACACUGGGACCUUGUUAAGGAUAGUGCCAUUGAACGCCACAUCACAUUUCAGGACCUCAGGAACCAACAAUAACAAUGCAUGGCUUGUAAACCACCGAACAUGGCUCAAAGGAAGAGGCCAGGGACCAGCGGAGCACACCCUAUGGCUCCUCCAGUCCCCACUCCCUGUCCCACACCUCAUCAUACAGAGUCAUGUGAUGUGAAAGCCCUCUCUGGUCGGCAGCGCCCGACCCGCUACCCGAAGGAAUCACAUGUUCCAAAGCCCCUUCCCCGCACCUGUAAGGCACAAUAUUCCUCUCCCAAGUGUGAGGACGUGGUUCCGAGCUGUCCGGUAGAAGACACGAUUGCAGAUGUUGAACUGAAACGAUACAACAGUCAAACAGAUGCAGAAUCAGAGAACCAGCGACCACCAACCCCAUCGGCGCCUGAACUUGAUCCUGAGCGCGAUGAUCACAACCAAGUAGACGUCCAUGAUGGAGCUGACAGCCUGGAUGAUGACUCCAGCUCGGACUACAUUAACAACACUUCAGAGGAUGAAGAAGACUAUGAUGACGGACUUGCAGAGGAGGAUGAAGGUGUUACUUACUACAUUCGGUACUGCCCAGAGGAUGACAGCUACAUGGAAGGCAUGGACUGCAGCAGCCAAGGAGAUUGUAACCACGGUCAUAGCCAAGAAGAACGUGUGGGUAGUGUGCAGCAGAAUGAAGGCCACGCCGAGUGCCAGGAAGCUGUCGAAGGAUGGGCUGAGGAUGGUGAGGCAGAGGGACAUGUGAGAGAAGAGGAGUGGGUGAAAGAUAAGGAAGAAAGUGCAGCCAGGGAAGAAUGGAGGGGAGAAGAGGAAGGGGAGAGAGGGGAGUGGAGGGAAGGAGAUGAGGAUGGUGUAGAGGAGUGGACAGAGGAGGAUCCAGGCCGGCAAGAGCAGUGGGCUAGUAGUGAUAGGCACAGAGUUGAGGAGUGGGCUGAAGGCGAGGGCGAGGUACGCUGUGAGGUUGUGGAGCAAGACCCUGAUGAACACAUAUACAAUGGCCGUCCAGAGCCAAUAUUGGACUAUAACCAUCACAAUCACCACCAUCACCAACCUACCAUGCAAGAUGUCACCCAGCAGGGUGACGAAGAGGACGCAGAGAGUGAGGAGUACUGCCCAAACGAAGAGGCGUACAAGGAAGACGAUGACGACAAGAGUCAUGGAAGGGCCUACACUGGAGACUAUUACGCGCCAGAGGACAACGGCAACUCAGUAUGUGCGUCUCCAUUCCGAGGACGUAAGGUGUUGGUGGUAGAGGGGGAAACAGGUGAAGAGGCGGAGGAGGACAUUGACCAAAUCGUCGCUGAGAUCAAGAUGAGUAUGAGCAUGGGGAGUCUAAGCAGCGGUACUGACCAAAGCCCGGAGGAGCUGGCACAGGACCCGCCCACAGGUGAAUACACUAACGCCAAGCCUGACACAGCCCCUUACCCGCCAGCUCACCACCGCCAUGACAGCAGACCCAAGUCUCUCAACCUACCUUCCGUGCAUCAUAACAACCCAGACCUCCAGAGGGGCCUCAAGAUCCAACCACAUUCCCAUGAAGAUCGACAGAGAUGGCAACAGGAGCAGGUGAGCAACAGUGCAGAGCAGCCAAGAAAACAGCAGCGCUCCGAUCUGAAUAUUCCACUGGAGAACAACAACGUACCAGACACUACCAAAAAGGUGGCAUCCUUCCCCAGCUUUGUUGAUGUCCCAGGACCCUGCGAGCCAGAAGACCUGAUUGAUGGAAUCAUCUUUGCCGCUAACUACCUGGGCUCGACUCAGCUACUGUCCGAGAGGAACCCUUCCAAGAACAUACGCAUGAUGCAGGCCCAGGAGGCAGUCAGCAGGGUUAAGAGGGUACAGAAGGCUGCCAAAAUCAAGAAAAAGGCGAGCCCGGAGGGAGACGCUCAAACUUUGACUGAAGUCGAUCUGUUCAUCUCCACUCAGAGGAUCAAAGUCCUCAAUGCAGACUCACAGGAAACCAUGAUGGACAACGCACUACGCACCAUAUCCUACAUUGCUGACAUCGGAAACAUUGUGGUACUAAUGGCGAGGCGUCGCAUGCCCCGCACGGCCUCCCAGGACUGCAUCGAAACCACACCUGGGGCGCCUGAGGCGAAGAAGCAGUACAAGAUGAUAUGCCAUGUCUUUGAGUCUGAGGACGCCCAGCUCAUCGCUCAGUCCAUCGGCCAGGCUUUCAGUGUCGCUUAUCAAGAGUUCCUGAGAGCCAACGGCAUUAACCCAGAAGAUCUGAGCCAAAAGGAGUACAGUGACAUCAUCAACACCCAGGAGAUGUACAAUGAUGACCUCAUUCACUUCUCCAACUCUGAAAACUGCAAAGAGCUGCAGCUGGAGAAGAGUAAAGGCGAGAUCCUGGGCGUCGUGAUCGUGGAGUCAGGUUGGGGUUCCAUCCUCCCCACGGUCAUCUUAGCCAACAUGAUGAACGGCGCCCCAGCGGCACGCUCAGGCAAGUUGAGCAUCGGCGAUCAGAUCAUGUCCAUCAACAACACCAGCCUCGUAGGGCUGCCGCUCGCCACCUGUCAGGGAAUCAUCAAGGGUUUAAAGAACCAGGUGCAGGUGAAAAUGAACAUUGUCAGCUGCCCUCCUGUUACGACCGUCCUCAUUAAGAGACCUGACCUCAAGUAUCAGCUGGGCUUCAGUGUGCAGAACGGAAUUAUAUGCAGUCUUAUGCGGGGGGGCAUAGCUGAGCGAGGAGGGGUCCGGGUUGGCCACCGGAUCAUCGAGAUCAACGGGCAGAGUGUGGUGGCCACAGCACAUGAGAAGAUUGUCCAGGCUCUCUCAAACUCUGUUGGCGAGAUCCACAUGAAGACGAUGCCUGCAGCCAUGUUCCGACUCCUCACAGGCCAAGAGACACCGAUGUACAUAUAAAAGCCAUGAACAGAUUGUCGUCUAAUUGUAAAAAAAAGAAGCAACCUCUUAUUGUACAAACUCAGAGGUUAAUUCAUUUUUUGACGUCUUUGCAUAGCUGUUUUUUCUUUUUUCCUUAUCUGUUUGUCUCGUUUGUGUUUAAUCAAUGACAUAAAAGGACUCACAGCUAUUUUUUUAUAUUCACGCACGUAAUGCAAUACACUUCUGCUAUGCUUCUUGUAUAGUUGCAUUAUUUAUUUCCUGUGUGAAUACUUCUAUGUUGGACAUUUUUACUGAAAUCCUUUGCUCAGUGCAAAGCAGACGACUUUGCAGGACGUCCCACAUAUUGCCGGUGCAAUACGGACGGGUUUUAUGGUUCGAAAUAAUGAAUUUUAAAGAUGGUUUGUUGAUAAAAUGUACACUAUAAAGCCAAAAGUAUUUGGCCACCCGUCCAAGCACUCUAGAGAAGUGGAGACGCGUUUUCUGGAGUGAUGAAUCACGCUUUUCCAUCUGGCAAUAUGAUGGACCAGUCUGGGUUUGGAGGUUGCCAGGAGAACGCUACAUUUCGGACUGCAUUGUGGCGAGUGUGAAAUUUGGUGGAGGAGGAAUUAUGGUGUGGGGUUGUUUUUCCAGGAGUUGGGCUUGGUCCCUUAGAAUGAAAUGAACUUUGAAUGCUCCAUUUUGGACAAUUCCAUGCUCCCAACCAUGUGAGAACAGUUUGGAGCGGGCCCCUUCCUCUUCCAACAUGACUGCGCACCAGUGCACAAAGCAAUGUCCAUAAAGACAUGGAUGUCAGAGUCUGGUGUGGAUGAACUUGACUGGCCUGCACAGAGUCCUGACCUGAACCCGAUAGAACACCUUUGGGAUGAAUUAGAACGGAGACUGAGAGCCAGGCCUUCUCGACCAACAUCAGUGUGUGACCUCACCAAUGCGCUUUUGGAAGAAUGGUCAAAAAUCCCUAUAAAGACACUCCGCAACCUUGUGGACAGCCUUCCCAGAAAAGUUGAAGCUGUAUUGGCUGCAAAAGGUGGACCGAAAUCAUAUUGAACCCUAUGGGUUAGGAAUGGGAUGGCAUUUCAAGUUCAUAUGUGAGUCAAGGCAGGUGGCCAAAUACUUUUGGCUAUAUAGUGUAAAUGUUAAUGAAACUGGUGUGUGCAGCAGGGGCUCUAGGGAGAAAUGCCAUAUUAUUGUAUGUUUGGUUGACUUUAUUUAAAUGGCAAUACACAUUAAAAGGCCGAGGACUUUUCUAAAUAUCUUGUACAGAUUUAAAUGACAUAACGAGUAAGAUGCGUCAAUUAUGCUUUUUGAUAUCAGUUACCUGUAUGGACAAACAUGUGUGUCUGUCUGCUUUUUGCUGUGUGUGUUGAUCAUUGCCGUUCCGGACUGAAGUGAAUGUAACCGUGUCGUGUGAGCCGUCCUAUUGCCAUGCCAAGUAUUUGAAUGUCUGUACAUAACGAGAAGGAGAAAAAAAAACGUGUUAAGUAUCGUACUAAUCAUGUCAAGAGAAAAAGAGUGACUCACGAUGGUUUAGUCACUGCAAACAUCCUCCCACUUGUGCGUUUAGCUUUGGAGUCCUGGGAGGGAAGAACGGAACGAAGACUCACACUGUGACCGGAAAAAAAAAAAAAAGAAGAAAAAAAAGCCUUAACACACAGAGUAAAGGCUUUUAAUGAUGCACUGUAUUCCAUUUAAUGGCGGUAACAUGACCUGUGUGCAUGCCUCGUAAUGUAGUAUCAUGUCAUCCUGGCAAGGUAAUAAAAUUGGAGCUGAACUUGG